UGUUGUCUUCUAAACCGACUACAAGAACAUAACCCAAAAAUUAUGUGAAACAUAUGUGUUACAGUGAUGUAAUAUACCGCACAUUAGAAUAUGACAGAUGAUAGAAGUAUGAAGUGUAAUAUACGUGACCAAGGAAAACUAAAUGUGUUUUACGAAAAUAAAAGUAUUUUUAAAAGAGAAUUACGUGAUUUAGCCUAUUAUUAGAAAUAUAAUAUGCAAAAAAUAGAUCACGAUUCAAACCUUAAUCCGUGUAACGGAGUGGAGAAUAUAAACAUAAUAGUAUUUAAAAAAAAGCAUAAUCGACAUAAAAGACGCAUAAAGUAUAAAAUAUAUAAUCGUUCAACGAAUGACUCAAUGUUAGAUUCUGAUAUUAUAAUUAAAUAUAUAGGUGUUAACUAUUAUAAAAGUAUACCAGAUCUCGAGAUGUUUAAAAUUAAUAAAACCAUUAUCAAGGGCUACGAUAUAGCGAAAAACAAAUUAUUCCACCCUUAUUGUAAGAAAUAUGUAGUGAAUGCAGUAUCAGAGUAUCGGUUACCCGAAGAUGUAAAUCCUUUUAAUAACUCAGUUAAUCGCGUUAGAUGUAAAUUAUAUAGAUGUCAACUUAGUACACAGGAAGAAAGUUGUUGUUGUUCGUGCAAUUCUGAUGCAAUGUUCGAAGUAAUGAAAAGUCUAUAUGACUGCUAUAAGAAAAAAAAUUGUGAUCACUGCAAUUGCAUUCUCUGCGGCCAUCUUCCCAGGGAAGAAAGGCGCAUGGCUUCUAUGCAUUUGACGGUUGGUAUGGAAACUACUGAUCUCAAAGAAAAGAAAAAACAAACUAUCAGGAAAACCAAAGAAGCCGCUGAAGCAAUGGUAGGAAAAACAACAGCUGACAAAGAAAAAAUGUUUAAAGAGUUAGCUAUAUCAGGAGCUCCACUUCCUGAGGCGAAAACUGUAUCUGAAAAGCAACUUAUGAAAAAAAUUAGAAUAGAUCUUGGUUUACCACCGGAACCGAUAACUCCUGCAGAAAAAGAAAAAUAUAAACGCGCGGUAGUUGCUAAUUUGAUAACUCCAUUGAAGGGAAAGUCUCUAGCACAAAAAGAGGAUAUCUUAAGACGACAAAUAAAAAUGGGAUUAACAUUACCCGAAAGUCGUACCCCAUCAGAAAAGGCAUUAGUAAUGAAAGCUAAAGCUACUACUGAACCUGUGCAUUUAGAAAAAACUCAGAAAGCUAAGACAGCAGAUUUCGAUACGCCUUUAGAAGGAAACUUACCUUUGCCAGAAGAUCGUACAUCAUCAGAAAAGGCUGUAAUAGUCAAUGUCAAAGGUACUAAAAAUGCAUCGAGUUCACUUGCUGUACCUUCUGAUAAAAUCCGAAAAGCUAAGGCUGCGGGUUUAUUAACACCCUUGGAAGGUAAACCGCCGGAACGGAAAGAAAAAAUUCUUAGAAGCUUAGCAAUGCAUGAUUUUCCAUUGCCUGAAGGUAAAACACCAUCUGAAAAAAAGUUAGUCCUAAAAGUACGUAAAGACCUUGGUUUGCCUGAAGAACCUAAAACUACAUUCGAUAAAGAAAAAUAUAAAAAAGCUGAGGCGGCUGGAUUAAUAACACCACUAGAAGGAAAAUCACACAUACAAAAGGAGAAACUUCUUAGAGCACAAACUAAGAUUGGGUUACCAUUGCCCGAAGGUCGAACUCCAUCAGAAAAAGAGUUAAUAGCAAAGAUUAAGGUCACUGCUAAAACACCUACAGUAUUUGCUGUACCAUCAGAAAAGAUAAAAAAAGCGAAGGCUGCAGGUUUAUUAUCACCUUUAGAGGGAAAAAGUCGGGAACAAAAAGAAAACAUAUUGCGAGGUUUAGCAAUGCACGGUACACCGUUACCCAAAGGAAAAACACCCUCAGAAAUUAAGAUAUUAGAUAAAAUUCGGAAAGAGCUUGGUUUGCCUCCCGAACCGAAGACCGUUUCAGAUGAAGCAAAAUACAAGAAAGCGAUUAAAGACGGAAUAAUUACUUCGUUAGAAGGAAAGACUGAAGCACAAAAGGAGAAUAUUUUAAAAAGACAAGCAGAAACGGGCAACUCUUUACCAGAAGGACGUACUUCAUCAGAAAAAGCAUUAAUGACUAAAAUUAAAGAUACCAGAAAAGUCCGGCCUGCGAUAGCUGUACCUUCUGAGAAGCUUCGAAAAGCAAAGGCUGCUGGAUUAAUAACCACAUUAGAAGGUAAAACAGUUGAACAAAAAGAAAAGAUUUUAAAAAGUUUAGUAAAAGCUAAUAUUCCACUUCCAAAAAUAAAAACUCCAUUAGAGAAAGAAUUAAUAAAAAAAAUUCGACAAGAAUUGAGUUUACCAGCAGAAGCAAGGAUACCAUCCAUGAAAGAAAAAAUUCAAAAAGCCCAAGCAGCUGGACUUAUUACACCAUCAGAUGGUAAAAGACGUGCUGAAAAAGAAAAAAUGUUAAAAAGAAUACUAGAUGCAGGAUUACAUUUACCAGAAGGUAAGACAUCGUCAGAAAAAUCUUUGAUACGCCACAUUAGAGAUGACCGUGUCGUCACGCACUCGAUUACUAAAGUAACUUCAGCAAAAUUACCAGCAGCGAAAGCUGCUGGAUUCCUGACACCCAUAGAAGGAAAAAAUGUACCACAAAAAGAAAAUAUUUUAAAAGGUUUGGCAAAAUCAGGAAUUCCUUUGCCCGAAGGUAAAACACUUUCACAAAAGAAAUUGAUUAAAAAAAUUCGUAAGGAAAUGGGACUACUACCAGAACCAAAAUCAUCAUCGAUUAGGGGGAAAAUGCAGAAAGCAGAAGCGGCAGGUAUUAUUACGCCACUAGAAGGCAAAACUCCUGCUCCUAUUCUUAGAAAAUUGGCGAAAGCGGGUGUACCUCUACCUGAAGGAAGAAGUACUUCGGAAAAAGCACUCAUUGCUAAAAUACAAAAGGAAAAAAUAGAUGGGAAACCAUCAACCCAAAAGAUUUUCUCAGGAAAGUUACGUCAACCUAAGGUAACUGGUUUAUUGACGUCAUUGGACGCCACGCCAGAACAAAAGAAAAAAGUUAAAGGCUUAAAUGAAGCGGGUUUACCAUUACCGGAAAGUAAAACACUUUCAGAGAAGUUUGGUAUUCCGUUUGAAGGAAAAACUAUAUCUGAAAAAGAAAUUGUUCGAAAAGCUAAAGGUGAAGGCUUAUUAACCCCACUUUCAGGUAAAUCACUAGAACAAAAAGAAAAAAUUCUUAGAGGACUAGCUAAAGCUGGACUACCCUUACCAGUAGGCAAAACAGCCUCAGAAAAAGAUUUAAUUAACAAAGUUCUAACCAAACUUGCCCCAGAAAUAACUCUUUCUGAAAAAGGAAGUAAAAUCAAAACUAGAUCAAAAAAAGUUGGGGUAACUUCAGUAACAAAACAAAUCAAAACAAUUACUGGUACAGGAGAAGAAUUUCAAGAUAUUGUUAAAACAACCAAAUGUGAUCGUUCUUGUGGUUGUGAUAAAAAGAAAAUUAGAUUUAAACAUAGUUAUGUCAAGAUCCGAGUAACUUCACCAGAUUUAUCUUCUUUAUGUCCUUGUCCUGAUAAAUGUAUCUCGAGUAUCAAGCAUGGAGUAAUCAAUGAUAACGAAGGAAUUAAAGUCACAGUAGGUCGAGUCGUCGGCGUUCCUUCUUAUCCAUUAGUUAAAAAUCAGUUUAGAUAUGAAACAAGCACUACAAAAAGCAAAUAUAGUUUGAAAUCUAUAUUUUUAAGCUUAAAAACUAAUUUUGGUAAUAGCGGCGACUCCUCGAACAUCGAAAAUUCAUUUGAAAAUAUUUAUCGUUCUCAUGAGCUAAGAGAUAAUAGUGAGUUCACAACGAAGGCAGAAGAAAAUUUCCCCGAAACUGAUUAUAAUAAUGAUGAUCUAAGAUACGUGUUAUAUUCCUAUUUCUAUAAUUAUAUAGUGCCCUACAUUAAAAAAAAAAGGAAUAUGGAAGUCCACAAUCAUAACAGUGGUUGUGAUAUGUCUACAUCUUCCUCAUGUGUAAACUAUCUAGAUAGUGUUUUACAUUCACAAACAUCUAUGUAUGGAACUAACACUUCAACGGAGUCAUCCUGUUGGAGCUUCCAAUCUGCAAUAAUAGUUAACACUGAAUCAUCACUAUCAUUUACUACUGGAUAUUUACAUAGUGAAUCUGUCUUAAAAUCUGAUGUAAAAACCAUAAGCGUGAUAUCAUUUAUAGAUAGCAAUUUUUCUUUUAAUGGUAGUCAUUACCUAUUAUCAGAACAUUCAGAAGACGAGUCGUACAGCUAUGAUAGCAUGGAUGAGUCAGAACAUUAUAUAAAUGACAUCGAAUACAUUGGCGAAAAUACUGGAAGUGAAUAUAGUAAUUUCUUAUUAAAAUAUACCAAGAACAGUAUUAACAUGAAUAAACAUGAAAGUUUUAACAAUGAUAUUUUAAUAUUCCAAUUGUCCAAUGAGAAAUUACAUAAAAAAGGAAUUCCUACAGUUAAUUUGUGUGAUUUAAAUAAUGAUCAAGAUAUUGUGAAUUUAGCAGAAGACGUACUUUUACAAAAAUUGUGUUCACAUGCAUCGUCUAUUGUCAUUGUUAUAUCUAAUGAUGAUUCUGAUAGCUUACUAAGCAAGGCCACUUCCUUCAAUUGUAAUCAAAUUCAAAAUUGGGAGAAACCAAAACAUUACAACUCAAAGUCAAAUGAAUUGCCCACAAAGGAAUUGAAUAUAACAGAGAGUGAAUAUGUUAUUGCGCGAAAUAAUCCAGAAAAAGAUAAUCAGGAAAUCAUGCAACGCUACCAUAAUAAUAGAUAUAUUCGAAAAGAUAAGGCAGAGUACAAACAACAGCUUAACGAACAAAAAUAUCGAACAGUUGAAGUCAAUUUGACAAAACAAGCACGACUCCAACGAAUAGUUAAUGUAGACACGACCGAGGAUAGACCAUGUUGUUGUCUGCCUAAAGAACCAAGCGCUUGCAAAAUUGCUCAUGAUGUUGGACGAAGCUCGUAAGGCUUCAAAAUUAAUUACACCUCCAAUUAUACAAGAUAAUCUAGCAACAAAUUUUGGGCAUUCCAAAACAGUAAAUGGUAGAACAAGUGAAUGUAAUACUGUGGAGAGAAAAGUGAAGCUGACUCCUGUAUGGCCAUGCGAAAAAUACGAGCCGCAUGCGUCUUUAGAAGACACUGGUACUAGCAAAACUGAAAAAUCCAGUAAAUAUACAAAAGAUAACUAUUUCCGAAAUUUGCAAAAAUGAGGAUAUAAAAAAGUAAACCGCGAUUGUCCUCGACAUCAAACUCAGACUCAGAACGUACCACAACAGUUGCCUUUUAAAGAGUUCGCGUACCCAUCCCUUGUAGACAUAGUUGAUAUAAAAAAAAGAAUAAUAAUGACGUCGCACUUAACACAGACAACGUCCAGCUUCAAAUUUAAUUUUAAACGGUGACAACCUGACCCUCCGAUGAAUUUAGAAGCUCACCAACGUCAUUCCGAGCAUCCUAUAGAAGCCAAUGUUAAGAAGCAAGGUAUAAUUGAUAUUGAUUGUGCUUGUAAAUGUCCCUGUGAGAUGCACUCUUCAGGCGCGACUGCCCAUGUAGUAAAUUCAACAGCACCAAGAAAUAUAACCAACUUACAAGUGCCCGUCAAAGGAUUAAAGUUGUAUAUAAGCGGAAAGGGAUCGGGAUUUAAACAACAUAAUGGAGUGCAUUGCUUCGAUGUGGUCCAGCUAAACACUACCUCGCCCACUUCAUUCAGAUUGUGCAUAAUUACAAACAAUCCUAUUAUUCUGUAGUACCGUUUUCUGUAAUCUAUUAAUAAUGUAUUUUAUUAUUCAAAAUCAAGUUCUGUAACAGAAUUUUUUGCUGUUAUU